AUAGAGAAUGUUGACCCAAGUGGGCGAAGAAUCAAAAUGCUUUCCGUUCUUUCAAUUCCAACCAAUACCGAUCCCUUUUAUUCUCUUCUUUUGGUUCCGCGCGCAAAACUGGAUAAUCUCACUUUCUUAACCGUUCAAAGAUAAUCUUCUCUUUGCUUCAAAAUCCCAACCCCAACCCCCCCACCCACCCCAGAAAAAAUCGCAACAGAUGCCAUAUUUAUUGGAGCAGCAGUUCUUUUGUGAAAAUGAAUGGUAGGAACCCCGCAUUUGAUCGAAGAAAUUGAGAGUGGCAGAGGCAGUGGAGAAUGAGGAUGGGGGUGGUUGGGGAUUCGCCUGAUUUUUCACGCCGGCCGGUGGUUGAAAUGCUGUACAUUGACUAUUCCUAUCAGCUCCAUCGGAUUUGGCUUCAUUUCAUGCCCAUGAGCUAUCUCACUCCCUUCAUAUUGAUUGGUCUUAUUAAAUUUCCAUAUAUUUAAAGUCAUCAAAUUUUUGGACCUUUUCAAGCUAUGCCCAGCUCUCCGCUCAAGUCAUCUAAUGCAAAGAUUAUAAUCUUUAUAUAGCUGAAGAAAGAAAAGCAGGACCCUCAUCCAUGGCCUGCGUGCUUUGAAGCCCACUCCCACCAGGAAACCCUAGCGACCAAGCACUUGUGCCCCCAAAAGCGGAGACCAAACAACCGCCAAGUUGUCGAAAGCACGUAUGAGGAGAGGUAAGAUCAAGAAAAUUGAAUUUCCAUUGAUAGAUUUUUUUUUAGUACAACAAUUGGGUGGGAGAUUUGAACCCCCUACUCCGUGGUUACUUGCAUAUUCGGAUAUCAAUUGAACUAUGCUCGACUUGGCUCCAUUGGUGGAUUAUGAUUGUAGAUUAACAUGGCAUAACAUUUUUGGAAAAAGAAGGAUCUUUCUUUUAUUCUAGGUCAAAAUGAGUUUACCUCAACCUAUAUAAAGAAUAUCAUAUGGAUGACCUAUUUUUGAAAGCUAAAAUGAAAUCUACCCUACUUUAUAAAUUUCAAGAUUUUUGUCAUUUUGCUUGCAUCAAUGAAAUUACCAUCUUUGCACAUGGCCUCUAGCUCGCCUCUAGCUCUAUCACUCUCUCUCUCGGUCUCACUCUCCAUCGCAUCAUAAAAGAAAAGUGGAAAAAGAGAAAAUCAAGAAGAGGAAGAGGGAAAAAAAAGGCAUAUUUUGGUAUUUUUGUCCAUAAGAAAAUAGCAAAAUUUUUGGUUUGUUUGGUUGGCCAUUCAAAUUCUUUUUUAUGUUUUUAAAUUUAUUAAGUUCAGAAAAUAUGUGUUUAACAGAUAAUCUGGAUUUUGUUUUUGAAAACUGUUGUCGGAUUCUGUGAUUCAAAUAAUGUAAAUUUUGAAAACAAUAUUUUUAUAUUUUUAACAUAGCUCUUAUUUUCAAAUUCUCGACCAAAAAGACUCUUAAGUUUAAAAAAGUAUAACAAAAUUCAUUUUGACCUUUUUUUUUUUUGUUAACCUCUAAUCUUGAGGUUGAAAGUACACAUUUCGAGGUUAGAGAUUCUACACCCAUAUUGUCUAAAAAAGAAAUAAAAAAAAAACUUGGGAAAAAUACUUUUUGGCACCUAGGUUUGAGGUUUAAUUCCUAUUUGGUCCUUAGGUUUCAAAAUAUUGCACAUUUAGUUUUGAAUUUGGUUUCAAUUUAGUCUUUCAGUUUCAAAAUGUUGUCAUUUUACUAUUGAUAUUUGAGUUUUGUUUGAAUUUGGUCCCUAGAUUUCAAGAUUCUACAUUUUUAACUCAAAUUUUUAUUAAAUACUCACUUUCAAACAUUAACAUCAAUGUCUAUUAAUUAAUUUAAAAUAAUUAUGAAGUAAAAUUUUAAAUUUUAUUUUAAAAAUGAUGAAAAAUAGUGAAAUGAUUAUAAUUCAUUUAAAUAUUUUAAAUUUAUUAACAUGCAUUAACACUGAAGAUGAAAAAUGAAUUUUUAGUGAAAAUUGAGUUUAAAAAUGUAAAUCUUGAAAUCUAAGGGUCAAAUUCAAAUAAUACCAAAAUGUUAAUGGUAAAAUUACAACGUUUUGAAACUUAUGACCAAAUCGAAAUCAAACUCAAAACUUUAGAACUAAAACCUAAGAACUAAAGUGGAAAUUAGACUCCAAACUUAGAGACUAAAAAGGAGAUUUUAAAAAAUAGAAAAUAUAGGGAAAAAUAUUUACAUAAAUAGCAAAAGUUAAUAAUAAUUGUGAGAGACAUUGUUAUCAAUGUUUAUUACAAAUAAAUAUAGUUUAUCAACGUCUACAGUGAUAAAAACUGAUACAAAUCUCACCGAUAAAAGAAACGGAUAUAAGUCUAUCAUUAAUAGAAACGAAUAGAAGUCUAUCAUUAAUACUAUAAUAAUAAAAAUUAAUACAAGUUUAUAAUCGUAUAAUUAUUUCUAUAAAUAAUUUGACAUUUUAAAAAAAUUUUGGACUGAAAUGUAUUUUUAUCAAAAUAAAAGAAAAAGAAAUUUCUUAUUCUCUUCCGCGCCGCAUCAACCACCUCGACCUCCAUAUUCUCUCGAUUCCGGCGGCGCCACAGCGUUGCUUCAUCUCCGGCGGGCGACGGGAUGUUGAGUGCCACACCACCGCGCGACGCUUAGACCACGCGGGAACGAAGCUCUUCCGGUGGCUUCCCUCGACGGUUUUGGACUGUUUGAUUAAGUUAAGGUUGAUUUCCGAUAAGCACUUCUCUUCUGAACGCCUUUUUGAACACCCUUUGGGAUUUUGAACAAGGUCGUGUGAAUCUUGACCCAAAUGGCCGAAGUAUCAAAGUGCUUUCCGUUCCAACCAAUACCCACUCUAUUAUUUUCUUAAUCUUACCCAACCUCCUAAAUCAAAGCAAGAAUCUUUGCUUGUAACUUCUAAUUUAUAAUCUUAUUGAUUAUGUACAACUUAUGACUAGGUAUGAAAGUUAUCGAUUCUACCCCAUUCCUCCACCCUCCCACCUCUCUUAACAGCCUUCUCAAUUCUGGCCGGACUUUAAAACAUGCCACUCAAAUUCAUUCCCAACUCAUCACCACCGCCUUCCUUUCCCUCCCUUUCCUCUUCAACAACCUCCUCAACUUGUACGCCAAAUGUGGCUCUAUCGACCAAACCUUGUUGCUCUUCUCCUCAGCCCCAGAUGACUCUAAGAACGUUGUCUCUUGGACUUCUCUUAUUACCCAGUUUACCCGUUCUAAAAGACCCUUUAAGGCCUUGACUUUCUUUAACCAUAUGAGGCGUUCUGGGGUUUAUCCCAAUCAUUACACCUUCUCUGCAGUUUUAUCUGCUUGCACUGACACUAUGGCUUCUGUUCAUGGUGAUCAGAUGCAUUCUUUGAUUUGGAAACAUGGGUACCAUGCUGAGGUAUUUGUUGCCAGUGCAUUAGUUGACAUGUAUGCCAAGUGUUGUGAUAUGUGCAUGGCCGAGAAGGUGUUUGAGGAAAUGCCCGUGAGAAACCUUGUGACUUGGAACUCUAUGAUUGUGGGGUUCUUGCAGAACAGGCUUUAUGAUCAGGCCAUUCUCUUCUUUAAAACGCUUCUACUGGAGAGUCCAACUGCUCUUGAUGAGGUAAGCUUUUCCAGUGCCUUGAGUGCUUGUGCCAAUGUUGGUAACUUGAAGUUUGGGAAACAAGUUCAUGGAGUUUCUCUGAAGCUUGGUGUCAGGAAUAUGGUUUAUAUAAAUAACUCACUGAUUGACAUGUAUAGUAAAUGUGGCUUAUUUGAUGACGUUGUAAAGUUGUUUUCAAACAUUGGAGUUAGAGAUGUGGUUACUUGGAACAUAAUGAUUAUGGCAUGUGUUUAUAAUGACAAUUAUGAAGAUGCCUGUAAUAGUUUUUGGAUGAUGAGGAGGGAAGGUUUAAUACCUGAUGAAGCAUCAUUCUCCUCUGUUCUUCAUUCUUGUGCAAAUCUUGCAGCAUUAUAUCAGGGAACACUGAUCCACAAUCAGAUCAUACGAUCUGGGUUUAUGAAGAAUUUGUGUGUUGCAAGUUCUUUGAUUACGAUGUAUGCAAAAUGCGGCAGCUUGGUAGAUGCUUUUCAAAUAUUUGAAGAGACCGAGGAACGUAAUGUGGUUUGUUGGACAGCCAUAAUUGCAGCUUGUCAACAACACGGGCAUACUAACCGGGUUGUUGAGUUAUUCAAGCAAAUGUUGAGAGAGGGGAUUAAACCUGACUAUAUUACUUUUGUUUCUGUUCUGUCUGCUUGCAGCCACACUGGUCGGGUGCAAGAAGGAUUCUUCUACUUUAAUUCAAUGAUUAAAGUGCAUGGUAUUUACCCUGGAUAUGAACAUUAUGCAUGUAUGGUUGACUUGCUUGGUCGUGCUGGGCAGUUGGAUAGAGCUAAGAGGUUUAUAGAAUUGAUGCCUAUCAAACCAGAUGCCUCGGUAUGGGGUGCUCUGCUUAGUGCUUGCAGGAAUCAUAGCAACCUUGAAAUGGGUAAGGAAGUCGCUCUGGAACUUUUUGAUUUGGAACCAGAUAAUCCUGGAAAUUAUGUGCUGCUUUGUAACAUCUUGACACGUAAUGGGAUGUUAAAUGAGGCUGAUGAGAUUAGAAGAAAGAUGGAAACCAUUGGGGUGAGGAAGGAACCAGGAUGUAGCUGGAUUGACAUAAAGAAUUCAACAUUUGUAUUCACAGUGCAUGAUAAGUCACAUGAGAAAACGCAGGAGAUUUAUGAAAUGUUGGAAAAGAUACAGGAGUUGGUAAAGAAGAAAGGGUAUGUGGCUGAGACUGAAUUUGCAAUAAACAUAGCAGAAGCAUACAAGGAGCAAAGUUUGUGGUACCAUAGUGAGAAACUAGCUCUUGCAUUUGGGCUGCUGAGCCUUCCUGCCGGGGCUCCAAUUACGAUAAAAAAGAAUCUAAGAACUUGUGGAGAUUGUCACACCGUGAUGAAGUUUGCUUCAGAAAUUUUUGCCCGAGAGAUUGUAGUAAGAGAUAUAAGUAGAUUCCACCACUUCACCAAUGGCAUUUGUUCUUGUAGAGAUUACUGGUGAUUGAUUUCUCAUCAUCCUGGAAGAAGCGCAAGAUUUAAUAGAUGAAAAUCACCAAUCUGUGUUGCAGAGCACCAAAGAAACAAAUACAGAUUGUCACCGUUGAUGGCAAUGGCAACAUCAAUUGAUGAGAUGCUGAGUAAUAUUGCGAUAGGGAUUUGAGUGGUUUAUUAGGCAUCUAGGAAGAGGAAAUCGUCAUCAUGGACGACUGAAGUGGUCUUAUCACUGACGAAUUGACAAGACGAUCUGCAUUUUAGGAAGAUAACAAAAUUGAAAGCAUCAUUUUGCAUUGGGGAAGAUGAUGCUGAUGGAACUCGUGACGAUAAUAUUUGGAUAUCCUCCACAUUGAUCACCAAUAAAUUUGAAAUUUCUGUCGUUCCAAAAGGUUGGGAAAGAUCAAUGAUCUCGAUCCAACCUCCAUAUGAACUGCGGAUUGGCGUUGGUAUGCGGUAUGAUUGGAUGGUGGCCAUAAUUUUAAUCUAUAGGGAACCAUAUGAGGUCCACUUGGUGUGACUGCAAAGCUUUUUUGCUAUUGUUGGAUCAUAAACGUGGAGCAGCACCUUGUCAACGUGAAAAGGGUUGAUGGAACAGCUCUUGGAGAAAGAAGCUUGGAUAGCCUCUUUGAUCUCUGCCCAAGAAUCGUGAAACUGAUAACGGUCUGCAAUCACCAUUGAAUACCAAUCAUGUUGGGGAAGGGGAUGAACGGGAGUCGACUGCCUCAGUUGGGAGAGCUUUUCCACAGGGGGACAGCUUUGAUGAUUUUGGAUCACCUUGCUGAAGGUUUUUUGCUUUUGGAUGGAAGGUAAGGGUGCACUGGGAAAAUCAGAUAUCAACGAGAAAAAGGAGAACCUGCCUAUUUGUUGUCCUCCGAUGGUGUGUAAAGCUUUGUGCGACCGGAAUGAUGUAGGUAGGAGAUCUCCACGAAGAAGCCGUUCUUGUUAUGUUUCACCAGCCAGAGAGUAGAAUUCUCGUCAAUACAUUUCUGAAAAAGAUAUUGAUUACAAGGAUCCUUGUGCAAGACGUCAAAGGCAGAUGCAAGCCAUUUUAAAGCCGCCCAAGAUAGACAAAACGAGAAGGAGGUGUUCUUCCCCUGUUCUGUUUUCCGAACGGAGGAUCCACUUGUUUUCUCAUCAAGAUUGAUGGAGAAAAUUUUCCGAUCAAUGAGGAUUGAACGGGAGGAUGGUCUGGAUAGGGAGGCGGAGAAGGCGGCAACCAUGGGUAACAGUGAGAGGCUAACGGUUACAAAUGAGGAGAGUGGAGGAGGACUGAGCCAUUGAGCCGCAACAAUCUCAAAGUAGGGAGUAAAAUUCCAACCCGACCCAGUGGGGAUCCUGUUUGACCGGGAACGGAUUUAAACCUUGAUUUGAGUCUCUGGUUGGGGACGGGCGGGGACGGGGAGGAAUCUCCAUCCCGUCCCCGACCCCGACCCCGAUUUUUUUUAAUUGUUAAUAAUAAUAAUAAUAAUAAUAUAUUAUUGAAAUAGUAA